ACGGGACCCAUUCGCCGGUAGUCGAAACAAGGUACUCUAUUCCUGACUAUUCGUUCCAAAAGAAACGGAGGUCGGUAUCAGUUCUUCACUAGAGUCAGAGCAAGUGCUGGUUAAGGGAAAUUCAAGGCUCCAAAGACAUUACUUCCGUCUGUCGCUUGUCAAUGAUCCUUGCCCGCUCGAGUCUUGAGGACAUGGUGUGCCUGACUGACUGGCCGAUGGAAAGAUGCUGGAAAGAAUGGUGGCGCUCUUCUCCAAGCAAGGCGAAGAUAUUCAGUCCACAGUCACCUCAGAAACGCGCAGCUGGCUUCGUUUCGUUCCACACACAAGAUCAACAUCAACCAUGGAGGACACACAUAUGUCGACACCGCCGAUUGCCUCAACCAGCAUGUUGAACCCAUUCUUGGCUUUGGGCCAGACUACUGCACCCUCGGCCACCACAGAACAUGCGAUCAAAGAGGAAGGUGACGACGCUAUCCGAUCCAGGCUUGGAACGUCCCUUGUUAACGACUUCGCCAUAUACCGAGACAUCCUGGAGGAGCAUUAUGGCCGGAGAGAGCGCAUCAUCAAGGUCUCCAGGGACAUCAACAUCCUCAGUAAAAAGAUGAUCUUUGCGCUCCACCGUGCGGAUCCUAGGGAAUUUCUCCCACAGUUUUCGGCCGCGUCCGAAGCACUCGGAGAAUUUAAAGACAAGCAUGCCACGGUCUUGAAACUUUUUCACAGAGCCGCCAUAGAUCUGCAAGGAUCUAAUUAUUACAAGUACCAGCGAAGCUUUUUGGGAGCCAUGCAGGAAUAUAUCGAGGCGAUGACGCUGGAGUACUAUCUGGUCCAAGGCAAAUUGAUGCCCAAGUGUGCACUCGAGGCAGACCUGAACUUCAUGACAACUUCAGAACAGUUCGCGAACCCAGACUUGAUCAUUGAUAUCGGGCAGACCCAAUUCGGUGGUGGUGGAAAUAGCAGUGGAAGUGGAGGUCCACGCGGAAGGUCCAACAGAGAUCACCGAAAAACACCCUAUAAUAAGGACAGAUCAGAUUCUUCACGAAAGUCAGGGAAUAUAGCGCUUACAGGACCAGUGCCAGUCAACACAACUGCCGUAAUAGCAACAAGCAAUACAUCCGACGCGCAGGCAGCACCUAUGGUUGCUGAGAUGGAAACAGGGACACCCUUCACAAAAUCAAUACAACAGACAAGACUAACGAUGGAGGUCACCGACGAGGACUACUUGCUGGGCAUAGCGGAUCUGACUGGAGAACUGAUGCGUCUGGCGAUCAACACUUUGGGCCAAUCUCUUAUAGCCCCUGUACAGGAUUCGAACACCAUGGGUGGAAUCCCUCUACCAUCUCCCGAAGAGCGUGUGCAACAUAUCCUCUCGUUCUUGCGAAAUAUCAAAAGUGGAUUUGAUGGGCUCGUACUUACACGAGCAUCACCUCUUUUUAAAAAGAUGAGUGCAUUCAAGCAGUCGCUCAACAAGAUCGAAAUGGCCUGCUACAAUGUUAAGGUGCGUGGAGCCGAAUACCCACCAGAGAUAUUGCGACAAAUGCUGAUAAACGCACAGGAUAAUGGAGGCGGGAAUAACGGAGCUGCAGGUGGCGCGGAGACCGGAAACGAUGAGGAAGAUUAGCCCUCCAUUUUUUUUUCUUUUUUCUUUGACAAUAAAAACGUUGUAUUUCCAAGACUUUUAUUAUUAACCGUUUGCAUUGAGCUUUCUCCCUUAAUGAUGGUAUGGUGCUG